AUAGCAGUACAAACCUACAAAACUGAAUUGAUCACGUAUUUUGUAGUUGCAGGGUUCUGAAGAAAGAUUUGGCCAGAUACCAAGGGUGAAAAUGUAUUCAAGAAGGACACUACUUCACACUCCAUUCCCUGGGCAACCCUCUGGUCCAAGCCAGCCAGUGGCUGCAACCACGGCCACUGGAAGCAGCUUCGACGCAAACGUCGUCAUGAUCCUAGCUGUUCUUCUCUGUGCAUUGAUCUGCGCACUUGGGAUCAACUCGAUAGCCCGGUGUGCACUGCGGUGCUCGAGCCGGGUUGUCGUGGGUGCUGAGCAAAAUCAUGUGAGCCGGCUGGCGAAGGGUGGGCUAAGGAGGAAGGCCCUCCGGGCCAUGCCUAUCCUGGUCUACUCCUCUGGGUUGAAACUCAAUACUGCCUGCCCGAUGUGCGCGAUUUGCCUCUCAGACUUUGAGGCUGGAGAGCAUGUAAAAGUCCUGCCCAAGUGCAACCAUGGUUUUCAUGUCAGAUGCAUUGAUCGGUGGCUCCUGGCACGAUCGUCGUGCCCAACAUGCCGGCAGUCCUUGUUCGGGGAGCCGCAGAAGACGUCUGGCUGCUCCGAGCUGAGCCAGGCCGACCCAGCAGGAGUCCACGCUGCCCUUGUGCCACUCAGGCCUGAAGGUCUCAUCACUACAUAUGAUGUUUAGAGUCUUCCAGUUGUUACAUGAAGGAUAGAAGGGUGGGGAAUAGAACGAUAGAAGGUUCGUGUUCACUAGAUGUUCCUGCCAAACUGGCUUGUAGUCCUGUUACUCCUGUACAUUCUGUAGUCUAUAGUAGAAGUUAUACAUUUCCUCGAUGUUUUAGUUCAUGUGUUGACCAAUUA